AUGUUUUGGUUUUCACUGUACGUAAGAAAUGCAGAAAUCCACCACCCUCCCCUCCCGCACACCCAUGUUCUCGGCCCCGCAUCGCGGCGCGUCGUCGCGUCAUCCUCCGCUUCCCGCUCGGCGCGCCAUGCCGCCGCUUCACCCGCGCCCACUCCCCACUCGCACCUCCACUCCCCGGCACCUCUCCCCGCACACUCCCCCUCUCCGUCCCCGUUUCCGGAACACUCGCCGUCCGUGAACGCGCCUCCUCGCAACUCAGUCAGCGCAGUCAACGCCUCCGUCAACGCUGCCGUCAACGCAGUCGCAUCGCCCUCCGUCUCGUCGGACAGGCAAACAUCCGGCAUCUCCGGCGGGAUUUCUGGAGUGAUGCCGUCAGGAGUACCCGCCGCCAUGGACGGCAAGCCUGCCGACCGUGAAGUUCUGGCCGGCGACCUACUCUGCCUGCCGUCGGAGGCGCCGCCGGUCGACGGCAACGAACACGGACCGCCGUCGCCGCCACCGUCGACGGCAUCGUCGCAGUCGAGCCGCUCAUUCGCGGCCCUCCACGUGGCAGAUAUUUUAAACUUCUUGCACGGUCCUCCCCCAUCGGUCGAAGGGGCACCACGUGUCCCGGAGCCGUCCCCGCGUGAACCGGCGGUACAUACGGCGACGGCGGCAAUAUCGUCCCCGUCGGCUGUAUCGGCCCCGCCUGACCUAGGCACUGCUGCCGCGCCGCCCGUGACGCAACGAACGGACGUCGCGGCGGCGGGCGGCUCGGCGUCGGGCGCGGGGAAGUGGUCUCGAGUGUACAGCCACGUGAACGAGGAGCGGCCGCGCGAGUACUGGGACUAUGAAGCAAUCCACGUUCCAUGGGGCGAGCAGGCGGACUACGAGCUGGUGCGCAAGGUGGGGCGCGGCAAGUACAGCGAGGUGUUCGAGGCGCGCACCGUGCGCGGCGGGGAGCGGUGCAUCGUUAAAGUGCUCAAGCCCGUGCGGCGGAAGAAGAUCAAGCGCGAGAUCAAGGUGCUGCAGUGUUUGGCGGGCGGGCCCAACAUCAUCUCGUUACUAGACGUGGUGCGCGACCCAGUGACCCGCACGCCCUCGCUGGUGUUUGACCUCGUUGACUCGCUUGACUGGAAGCUGCUCUACCCCUCGCUCACCGACCUCGACAUCCGCUACUACCUCUACCAGCUGCUCAUGGCGUUGGACUAUGCGCAUUCACAGGGCAUCAUGCACCGCGACGUGAAGCCGCACAACGUGAUGAUCGACCACCAGCGCCGCCAGCUGCGCCUCAUAGACUGGGGGCUCGCGGAGUUCUACCACCCGGGCAUGGCCUACAACGUGCGCGUCGCCUCUAGGUACUUCAAAGGCCCAGAGCUACUGGUGGAUCUGGAGGAGUAUGACUACUCGCUCGACAUGUGGAGCUUCGGAUGCAUGGUCGCAGGCAUGGUGUUUCGGCGAGAGCCCUUCUUCUGUGGGUGGGACAACGCGGACCAGCUGGUGAAGAUAGCACAGGUGUUAGGCACGGACAGCCUGUUUGACUAUGUGAAGCGCUACAAUAUCAAGAUGGACCCGCACCUGCAACUCCUGCUCUCCAGGCGACCGCGCAAGCCAUGGUCGCGGUUCAUCACAUGUGACAACCACCACCUCGUGUCCGCUCAGGCGGUGGAUUUGAUAGACAAGCUGCUGCGCUAUGACCACCGCACACGCCUCACUGCCCAGGAGGCCAUGGCGCACCCAUUUUUCGACCCUGUGGCACCUGGAAGGAGUGGAGAUGCAUCGGGGUGA